AUGAUCAUAGUCCCGCUCAGCAUUGGCUGCCUUGUUCUUCUUUUGCUGUCCAUCCUCCUUUGGCGGAAAUAUCACCCAACAUCAUUCCACAAGAUCCUCGACUCAAUCCCAGGCCUCGGCUUCUUUGCCCGGUGGCGCAAGACACGGGAAAACAAUCGGAACAUUAUCGCCAUGAAGCGUUUGGGAAUGUUGACAGGAGAUAACAACAAGGGCUCCGCUGCAUCGAGGUACGCCGGAGGUGACACCUACGCACGACAUCUGAGGAAGUUCGAAGAGGAUGCCGCGCGCGCUAGAGAAAAAUACAGCUUCGACACUGCUGGCCAUGCACCUACAUCUCCUUUCUCGACGGGAAACAGGAGUGCCAAGAGUGGUGGCACACCACGCACGCCGAAGGUGGGAAGUCCCUGGAGACACACGCCGACCAAGGCCGCAAGCAAUCCAGGCAAAGGACGAAGGGAUGUCUUCACGUCUUCUCCUUCCGCGCGCAAUGGGGAAUACGGAUCGUCACGUGAGAACCAGAAUGCUGAAGAGGAUAGGCGCAGUCUGGAGAGCUGGGAAGAGAGGUGGUAUGCGCUGGGCAGCGAGACGGAGGCGGCCGCAGGCGCUGGACCUGGCCAGUCCUGGAGGAAGCUGGUUUGA